AUGUCUGAAUCAAGGAUAGUAUCCUUAUCACCAAUGUUGCUGGUUCUUCUAAUGGCUUCAUUCUUCGACACCACAGCUGGACAAAUCGGAGUAUGCUACGGGAUGUUAGGCCCAAAUCCAUCGGACGUUGUGGCUCUUUACAAGCAGAGAAACAUCCAGCGGAUGCGGCUUUACGCUCCGGACCCAGAAGCUCUCAACGCUCUUCGCAACUCCGACAUCGAGCUCAUCCUCGAACGAGGUACAUCACGGUCGGAAAUGAGGUGAAACCCUCGGAGCCAGCUGGGAGGAUUCUCUUCCAGGCAAUGCAGAACAUCGAUAAGGCGGUUUCUGGAGCAGGCCUUGGGAUCAAGGUGUCGACGGCUAUAGACAUGGGAGCCACCAUGGACACGUACCCUCCGUCUCACGGAAGAUUCAGAGAUGACUAUAUCAGCUUUCUCCAACCGGUGAUAGAUUUCUUGGUAAGCAAGCAAUCUCCUCUGCUCCUAAAUAACUACCCUUACUUCGGCUACAAGGACAACAUGGACACCAUCCCUCUAGAGUACGCUCUGUUCGCUUCACCAUCCAGUCUAGUCAAUGACGACCAGUACGCUUACCAAAACCUCUUUGACGCCAAUCUUGACGCAGUCUACGCAGCAUUGGAGAAAUCAGGUGGCGGAUCGUUGGAGAUCGUGGUGUCGGAGAGUGGUUGGCCCACGGAGGGAGGACCCGGGACUAGUGUACAAAAUGCGAUGACUUAUGUUAAUAAUUUGAUACAACAUGUGAGUACUACUGGAACUCCGAGAAAGCGAAGGAAACCUAUAGAGACUUAUAUAUUCGCUAUGUUUGAUGAGAAUAAGAAGGGUCCUCCUGAGCUUGAGAAGUUCUGGGGGAUGUUUCUUCCUAGUCAACAGCCUAAGUAUAAUGUUAAUUUCAUCUAUGAUUGAAGACACAUCUUGAAGAAGCAAGGGCUAGUAGUGAUGCAAUAAACUGCUAUUUAUCUAUUAUUUGAGUAUUAAAAAGUGGGAACUUGUUGUAACAAUAAAGAAUAAUGAGCCUUAA